UUUUCCAACUGGAAAGAGAGAGCCGGCUUCGGUAAAUUGGAGCUUGCUAAUCGUAAGAAGAGGUCAGUAGUGCAGUUUAGCCACGGUAUAAGAGCGGCCCCAACAUCGCUUUACUCCACUAAAGUAGUUGAACGUUGCACGGUAUCACCAUGAACGUAGUGCUGAACGUGGUGCCAUUUUUCUUAGCCGCACGUGUCGCCAUUGAUACUCCAUGGAAGUACGGGCCAGAGUACACUUUCCACGUUCAAGUAAAUUCAACCGCGAUUCCCGAGGAAGGUAGCUACAUGAGUAUUCGGCUGAACGUCGCCUCGAAGCUGGUAUGUCAACCAAAAGGAUUCCGUAUUCUCAGUUGUCGUUUUCGGGACUCGAAAGCGGACAGUUACGCGACUGAAAGCCUUGAUCCAGGAGCACCAGCGGUCCCGGUCAGCCAGGUGUCGCGACAAGAAGCGUACGAGAUCAACCAGGAUCAGUUUGAGAUUAGAUUCACCGAGCAAGGACUGGAUAGUCUCGUAGUGAAUGAAAAUAUACAGCCAAGAGAGCUGGAUAUGAUUAGGGUGAUCGUGGGGCAGUUAAACAUCGGUGUAUUGGGAGAGUACGAUCAAACGGUCGAACUGAUGGAGAACUUCACACAAGGAGAGUGCGUAACGAUGUUCUGGGUGGAACGGAAUGUGGUUGGUCAUGCUUUACACGUGAACCGUGGCUACGUUUUGGAGACAAUAUUCGGAUUGAAGGAUGGACAGUUGGUGCAGAUUAAGAAGAUUAGAAAUCUACAUAUGUGCACGCACAAGGUGCCGUAUUUCUUCGGCAGCGCCGAGAGCAUCAGACAAGUCAGCGACGUGGUGUCUACUGUUAGUUCGUCAGAAAGUCACAUAGUAAUCACAUCCACCGAGUUCAUAUCUGGUACGACGAACGUGAUAACAACCAGCAAGGUGUCUGAAGGAAUGGUAACGACCUUAUACGAAAACAUAAGUGUGAGAUUAGAGUCAAUCCUACCCGCACUAGAUGAACCACCUGAAGUAAAGGAUCCUGAACCAGCUAGUAUGUUUAUCGGAAGAUGGUUGAUGGAAAGUUCGAUGGAAGAUGACUUAUCAUUGGAAGUAUAAGAUUUGCGUCGAUAUCUGAUCAUUCUCAUUGAUGUAGUCUGAUGACGAUAAAAUUCAUCUAUCACUAUUGUUGUAAAUAGUGUGUAAUUGUAUUGUCAUGUGACUCUGUAAAUAAUAAAGUAAUCUUUCGUUUACAUA